AUGGAUCCUCAGAGAGGCAGGGCCAGGGGUAGCGGCAUGGUUAGCUCUCAAGAGGAGUUCUAUCUUGAGAAGGAGGUGGUGCAACCUGUUCCAUCUAUUGUUGGGACGGUUGAUGCUACUCACCUAACUAGGCUGACUAGGGAAGUCAUUAGAUUGGGGGCAGUGGCAUUUCAGGGUGGUACAGAUUACUUGUUGGCCGAUCAGUGGAUUGAGAACAUGGAGACCUACUAUGAUAUGGUUGUCUGUACCGACAUGGAGAAGAAGAUUACAGCUACGUUCCUUCUCCAGGGUGAGGCAGGACGGUGGUGGGAUUCUGUGCUGAAGACAAGGAACAUAUCGACCAUUACUUGGGAGGGUUUUGUGGAACUCUUUCGGGACAUGUACCUUCCCGCUUCUGGGAGGGAGAAAUUGGGGGUUGACUUCAUUUCUCUAGUCCAGGGGACUAUGAGUGUCAAGGACUAUGAGGCCCGGUUCUCACAAUUGUACCGGUUUGUUAGGCCGAUGGAUCCAGUGUCUUUGGCUCGGAAGUUCCAACGGGGACUGAAUCUGGUGAUCAGAGAUAGGGUGACUCCUUUUCAGUUGCCUACUGUGGCACUUAUCUUUGCUAGUGCUCUUGGAUUUGAGCAAGAACUUCUGACGUCUCGAGGGGAGAUGACUACUAUGGGAGAUUCCCAGGGAAAGGGAAAGGCAGUUGCCGGGAGCAGUGAUGAGAUGGACAGUCAGGGUGGGUCCUGGAAGAGACAGCGUACUUAUCAUCAGGCGCCAGCUAGGGUAGCAGCUGCACUUGUUGGGCAGGCAGCACACCUGAGAUGUUACAACUGCGGCGAGUUAGACCAUGUUUCCAGAGCGUGCACGAAGCCGAGGAGCAAGUCUGUGCAUAGAACUGUAGUUUUCCAGACUUGUAGCAAUUUUGGUAAUGGUGGAGAUGCGAUUGUGUAG